ACGUCGUCGCCCAUAUGGACCAAUGAAUUUGCUUCUGGCAAGUUUUACCGCGAGGAGCGGAGUUGAACUGCAGUGAUUGUGAACGUUUUCUAAAGGAAACAGAAAGUAUUUGGAUAAAUGAAUGUUAAAAUGAAAACAUUGGUGACCUGUUAGCUUAUCAGUAAUACUGCUUGGCUCCAGGUUUGAUGGAUAGCUAACAGCAGCCCGACUCCUGUCCUCGGCCUGACCUCAUGGAUCCCGGCGGAAGCGAACUGGACUCCAGCCUGCCUCAGCCCGAGAACCCGUGUCUGAUCGUGGAGGACUCACAGCCGGACAGCGUCGCUCUCGAGGACGACCCUGAGAGUAGCUACCGAGCUCUGCUGGCCCGUCGCCUAUCCAGCCUGCAGCCCACCGCCCGCAGCCCGGUUCUGGAACUGAUAUCCUCGCCACUAGGAAGCAGAUGCUCUCAGACUGACAGCCAAUCAGAGAGUUCCCAGAGUAAAAACCAGGCUGAACCUGGUAUUCCCACAGUGGCCAACCCUAGUUCAGCAUUGCAGGAGGAGAGUCAAGUUAUAAACAUUUGCCCUUCAAACAAGAAAAAGUGUGCACCAGAGGACACUGAUAUGGAUUCUGGGGCUGACUCUACCACACACUGCAUUCAGUCUGAAGAAGGAACCUCUCAGUUUGGUUUUCUCGAGCUUUCCCAGAGUCAGGAUCUGCGUGGUGAAGUGGUGAACAGUCAGGAGGAAGACAUUGUCCCUCAGCCAGACAGUGAGAGAGACACCAAACUGGAGCAGAACAUCAGCUGCAGGACUUCAGCAAGUCAGGACAACAAAUCUGUGAGGUCUGAGGUGAGCUCCAGCAGCUCAUCGGACUCUCCGGGUCAGUCAGGCAGGCAGCUGAGUGUCCAGGUCCUGCUGCACUCACAGGGCCUCCACGCCUCUGGCAAGGACCAGCAGGACUGUGAGAUCCUAUCCUCGCAGGAGGACCUGUUUGACGCUGACAAGACAGGUGCUGCAGUAGACAGCACAGUGUCUGAGCCAGAGCAGCAGGGUCACCCCUCCCCGACACCAGCUCACACCCUGCGACUGCUGCAUCUUUCUGGACAGAGAACACUAGUGCAGGAAAGUCUGUCCCAGAGCUCUGUUGAUUAUGUUGCCCCAACCCCAGACAACUUUACCAACACUCCUUUAAUUGUUCCCAGCUCACCAACUGGAUCAGUGAAUGAACAUGGUGCUGACGAACCAAUGGAUACUUCAUUGCCCCCAGAAGAUCAAACAGGGGAGAGGGAAGAACAGCCAAUGGAAACAGAGGCCGCCUCUAAGCCACACCCAUCCGCCUCUACGCCUGUGUCGCAGAAUUCCCCUGGUUUUGUGUUGGAGCGUCCCUUCUCUUUACCCUCCCAGCCAGAGUUCUCUCAUGACGUGUUCGUCCCAACACAGAGUCAAGAGGCUCAACAACAGUCGGAUAAGAAGUCGGUGUCAUUGCCUCGUGAGACACAGUCUCAGCAGCUGGAGUCAGCAUCUUUCACUUUGCCUUUGCAACUCUCUGUGAACACAGAGAGCAGUAGCCCAGCUCAGCAGACCUCAGAACAGAUUGAAGAGGACAGUCAGGCCACGCAGAUAGAGGAACUGGAUGAAGCCGCCGGUGUUGACACCAGUGACUCUGUGAUUUCACACCGUGAUCAGAGGAGCGAGAGCAACGGCGUCCCCUCUGAAUCACAAAUUGCCACUAGCUCGAAAACGUCCACCUCUGCUGAAUCACCCAAGUGUCACAGCGAAUAUGCCGAGAUUGAGCAGUCCAAUCUGUCGCAGAAGUCUGAUGUGCACAAAAAGACGGCAACUUCUUUGAAUGUAAAAAAUGUGAAUGUAAAAGAUGUUAAGUGUGACCACAAAGAGACGAGCUCUGCUGACAUGGUGUCCUGUUCUCAACCAAAGUUUGGUUCCUCUGAUGUGACUGUUAACAGCUGUGUACAGGAGACUUCCUCAGACACUACACCAUGUACUUUACCUUCGCAGUCCAUGAUCUCUCAGACAUCUGUUGUAGAUGUGGUGAAGAGUUCUGUGGAUGUAAGAGGAGGAGGAGCCGCAAAGAGUCAGUCUGUGGAAUCAUUGUCACAGCAGUGUGGAAAAGUUGGUAACAGCCAGACCGACAAAGACAUGAUGGAUAAACAUGAACGGGGUGAAGCAGAAGAGGAGGAGGUGGUGAUGGAGGAGGAAGAGGAGGAGAGUGCAACGGGAGGCAGGGCUUCAGGAAUGGCUCUGAUUCUUUCCCAGAGCCAGCUGUUGUCUCCUGAGCCUAUGGAGGAAGACAGCGAAGACCUGGGAGCAGACAGUGUCAUCGUAGUUACAGACAGUGAGAGAGACUCUCAGAUUCUGAAGAAAGAUGUGACUCCACAGUCAAAGACCACUAGCUCCCAGCCAACCAGAGGCAAAAUGUCCGCCUCCACUAAUGGCCACGAGUCCCAGGCUCAGGCGAAGGAGGCGAAGGUGGCUCCUGAUAGGUUCUCCCAGACUGAGAAGGCAGGGCCUGAACCAGAGGGACUCAAAGACAAGAGCCUCAGUGAUAGCUCAGGAGAAAUUUCCUUCCACUUCACACUUCCCAAAGAAGGGGAGCUGAUUGGCCCUGCUGUUGGUGCCACACCUCCUCUGAUCAACCAGCUGAAGCAGACGCUGAGACACAGCACUCCCAUUGAGAUCACUUCCUUUUCUGAAAAGUCAGACAUGGCGGGUGAUGUCUCUGCAGAUGUGGCGAUGGUUGCCAGCAACAUUGUAUCUACGGAAAGUGGAGAGGACACUGUGGAAAAGGGAGACGGGAAACUGAGUUUGAGGAUGAAGCUGGUGACCCCUGUUGAAGAGGGCAGCUCGGAGCACUUCAGCCUGCAGAAGCCAGCACUAUCAGAGGAGGAUGGAUCUGUUGUCAAGGUUACCACUGUUUCCAAGGCUGUAACCAGCAGCCCGUCAGUGUUUAGUCGAGUCAGGCAGGUGCACAGACAGCAGGAGGCAGAGGAGGACAGCCAGCCUGGAGGCAACUCUACACCUGUCAGGGGAGAGCUGUUUGCUUCACCGCAGAGAAGCUCCCAGGCAUCCUCGCUGGGAUGCAACAGCCUCCCUAACAGCCAAUCAGAGCCUUCACAACAGGAAAUAUUGGCAACGCUGCAGCAGAACAAUAGAACAAACACCCCCACCCCUGCCGAGCAGUCUGAAGAGAGACAAGGACCACUGGAAGUUUCAGAGCCUCCCACCCCGAACAGGACAGAUGCCAGACAGAAGGUGGUUUCCCAGCAGACCUUUGACAACACCAUCACCUCCAGUCCGUCCAACAAGCUCCGUCAGCGGACAGUCUCCCAGCAGACCAGCUUUGAUGCACCGGGGCUGCGCUCCCCAGCCAGCAGGGGUGAAACAGAGUCUCCGACCUUUAGAAGAACCAGUGGCCCCUCCCGCUACAGACACGUGCGCACCAUCAAGGAAGUGCGGAUCACACGGAUCAUAACAGAUGUGUAUUAUGAGGAUGGCAAAGAGGUGGAUCGCAAAGUCACUGAGGAGAGCGAGGAGCCAGUGGUGGAUUGCCACGUGUUGGACAGCGACAUCUCCCCGUACCGCACAGGCAGCAGCUCCCUGACCUCUGGUGACCUGGGUGACAUCAGCUCUCUGUCGUCCAAGGCCUCCAGCCUGCAUCACAGUUCAGGAGGAACCAGUAGCAGCACCGGCUUCAGCAGGCCGGACUUCAUCAUGCCAUCCAGCCGAGGGGCCAAAUCCACCAGUCCCAGGAGGGGAGGUGGGCAUCAACAGAGGGGUCACAGGGGUCAAAGGGCAGGGUCAGUGGUCACAAAGGACAGACGCUAUGGCACCCUGGGGUCCCGGGCCUUCGUCCCGCUGACUCCCAGAGGAAGGGCUAGAAGGGGCCGGCCCCCAUCCCGCUCCUCGCCAUCCAGGGGAGGUGGUGCUGGCUCAUUGCAGAGACUUGGUGCUCAUGGCCAGCCACAGUCCUCCUCAGAGGAUGAGCUCUUCACCCGCAUGCUCCCCCCACGCCUCCCCAUCAGCCCCACAGAUGCAGAGCUCCCCAGUCACUCCGACUCCCUCAGGUCAUCGCCGGAGGAGGCGAGCUUGGCCGGCAGCAGCUUCGUCGGCCUGCGGGUGGUGGCCAAGUGGUCGUCUAACGGCUACUUCUACUCAGGCCGCAUUAUCAAAGACGCUGGGGAGGGGAGAUUCCGCCUGCGAUUUGAUGAUGGCUAUGAGUGCGAGGUGGGGGGGAAGGACAUCCUGCUGUGUGACCCCAUUCCCCUGGAGACGGAGGUCACCGCUCUGCUAGAGGACGAGUAUUUCAGUAUAGGUGUUGUGAGGGGCCAUAAAACAGAGGGCCAGGAGCUGUUCUACAGUGUGGAGAGGGAGGGCCAGAGGCAGUGGUACAACAGGACCUCAGUCAUCCUUUCUCUGGAGCAGGGAAACAAGCUGAGGGAGCAGCACAGCCUCGGGCCCUAUGAGCCCUCCACUCCCCUGGCCAAGGCCUCUGACAUCAGUCUGGAUAACCUGGUUGAGGGGAAGAGAAGGCGCAGAAUAAACCCUGGAGCUCAGAACACUCCCAACCGCAGCUCCUCCAGCAGCCCCCGCACUCCCGGCCCCUCUGGCAAGAGGAAGUUGAGGACGACCUCUGAGAACGACAGGACGCCGCCCAAGAGAGGCCGCAGGGGUUCGGGAGCCAGAGCUGCUCAGCAGGUCGGUGUGUGCAACACCUCCGGCAGUGGCACAGAUGUCCCUGGUCAGUCGUCUUGUGAUGUGGCAGACACUCAUGGUCCACUGCCCCAGAACACGUCUCUCUUCAUGGGCUUCGCGUUCAUGCUGACAGCCUCAUCGGAGACCGACCGGCUGACCAACCAGCUCAGUGCUGAGGACGAGGAAGAUUUAAUCCAGACAGGCCCAUACAACAAAGCAUACACAGAGUCCCAGCUGCAGGCUGGUGGAGGCUUCAUCCUGCCUGACUUCAAUGAAGAACAGUGUAAGGCAGCCUACCAGAGCCUACUCAUUGCGGACCAGCACUGCCGUACCAGAAAGUACUUGCUGUGUUUGGCCAGCGGUGUGCCAUGUGUGUCACAUUUAUGGGUGCGAGACUGCUGCAAAGAGAACAAGCUGCUCAACUACAGGAAUUACCUGCUGCCUGCUGGUGUGGGACCAGAUGACACCACUGUAGAAUGGCAUCCUCGCAGCAAUCCAUUCAAAGCCCUGCGGGUCCUUCUGGUGUUUGAGAAGCCAGUGGAGCUCUGGGCCCAGCUAAUCACCAUGGGUGGAGCUUCCUCUGUCCGACACUUCCAGGGAGACAAGGACAGUUCAGACAUUCCUGCUGGCAAGUAUGACGUUGUGGUGACAGACCAUGCCUGUCCACCAUUGGUAGAGAAAAAUGUGACAUCACAGGAAAUCCCACUGGUGUCUCCUGAGUGGCUCAUUCAGAGUGUCAUUUGUGGGGAGCGCCUGGGUUUCCACAGUAAGCCUCAGUAUCGCCACGAGUACUCCUCAUAAUCUGAUUCCACAUGUGCAAAACGCCUUUGACCAUGUUCAGUGUUCAACAUUAGAUCUGUUGCAUGCCUCUGCUGUAUAUAACUUUAUCCUGUCUGUUUUUAUGGGAUAAUAAAUUGUGACCCUGGUUUCAUUUUAA